AAGAUGUCCAACCCGCCUGUGAAGUUCAAAAAGGAUAAAGAAAUCAUCGUAGAAUACGAGAGUCAAGUUAAAGAGAUUCGAGCUCAGCUGGUGGAGCAGCAGAAAUGUCUGGAACAGCAGACGGAGAUGAGGGUGCAGCUCCUGCAGGACUUGCAGGAUUUCUUCCGCAAGAAAUCGGAGAUUGAGAUGGAGUACUCGCGCAACCUGGAGAAACUGGCCGAACGCUUCAUGGCCAAGACCAGGAGCACCAAGGACCACCAACAGUAUAAGAAAGACCAGAACCUGCUGUCUCCUGUAAACUGCUGGUACCUGUUGCUUAACCAGGUGCGGAGGGAGAGUAAAGACCACGCCACAUUGAGUGACAUCUACCUGAAUAACGUCAUUAUGCGCUUCAUGCAGAUCAGCGAAGACUCCACACGUCUGCUCAAGAAGAGUAAAGAGAUAACCUUUCAACUACAAGAGGAUCUGAUGAAAGUCCUCAACGAGCUCUACACUGUGAUGAAAACCUACCACAUGUACCACACAGAGAGCAUCAGCGCUGAGAGCAAGCUGAAGGAGGCGGAGAAGCAGGAGGAGAAGCAGAUUGGCAGGACGGGAGAUCCCGUCUUCAGCAUUCGCCACGAGGACAAACACCAGAGGCGAAGUUCGGUGAAGAAGAUCGAGAAGAUGAAGGAGAAGAGGCAAGCCAAGUACUCUGAGAACAAGCUGAAAUCCAUCAAAGCUCGGAACGAGUAUCUGCUGACACUGGAAGCCACCAAUUCCUCUGUUUUUAAAUAUUACAUCCACGACUUGCCCGAUUUAAUUGACUGCUGUGAUUUGGGAUACCACGCCAGUCUGAACCGGGCGCUGCGGACCUACCUCUCGGCGGAAUACAAUCUGGAGACGUCUCGCCACGAGGGACUGGACAUCAUUGAGAACGCGGUGGACAGUUUGGAUCCUCGCAGCGACCGGCAGCGGUUCAUGGAGAUGUACCCCACCGCCUUCUGCCCGCCUGCCAAAUUUGAGUUCCAGGCACAUAUGGGAGAUGAGGUGUGUCAGAUUACGGCCCAGCCACCAGUGCAGGCGGAGCUAAUGCUGAGGUUCCAGCAGCUGCAGUCGCGCCUGGCCACGCUGAAAAUCGAAAACGAAGAGGUCAAAAAGACGUCGGAGGCUACGCUGACCACGAUUCAGGACAUGGUGACCAUCGAAGACUACGAUGUGUCGGAGUGUUUCCACCACAGUCGCUCAACGGAGUCGGUGAAGUCCACUGUGUCGGAGACCUACCUCAGCAAACCCAGUAUUGCUAAGAGACGAGCCAACCAGCAGGAAACUGAGCAGUUCUACUUCAUGAAAUUUCGCGAGUAUCUGGAGGGCAGCAAUCUCAUCACCAAACUCCAGGCCAAGCAUGACCUCCUGAAGAGGACGCUGGGAGAGGGUCACCGAGCUGAAUACAUGACCACAAGGCCUCCAAAUGUCCCUCCCAAACCCUACGGCACACGGAGGCCAAGACCGCGUUCUGUGUUUAACGUUAAACUGUUUAAUGGCAAUUUGGAAGCCUUUGUUAAGGACUCGGGUCAAGCCAUCCCUCGUGUGGUGGAGAGCUGCAUUCGAUUCAUCAACCUGUACGGCCUCCAACAUCAAGGCAUAUUUCGAGUAUCUGGUUCCCAAGUGGAAGUCAAUGAUAUUAAGAACUCAUUUGAGAGAGGUAACGACCCUCUGACAGACGAAGAGAACAACCAUGACAUCAACUCCGUAGCAGGUGUUCUCAAACUGUACUUCCGAGGCCUGGAAAACCCUCUCUUUCCCAAGGAAAGAUUCAAUGACCUCAUCUCCUGUGUCCGAAUAGAGAAUCUGUAUGAGAGGGCCCUCUACAUUCGGAAGAUCCUCUUGACUCUGCCCAGAUCAGUGCUUAUAGUGAUGCGCUACCUGUUCUCUUUCCUCAACCACUUAUCUCAGUACAGUGAUGAAAACAUGAUGGACCCUUAUAACCUGGCCAUCUGCUUUGGCCCCACCCUCAUGCCUACGCCUGACAUCCAGGACCAGGUCUCCUGUCAGGCCCACGUUAACGAGAUCAUCAAAACCAUCAUCAUCCAUCACGAAACCAUCUUCCCCGACGCUAAGGAACUGGAGGGCCCCGUGUAUGAGAAGUGCAUGGCUGGCGGAGACUACUGUGAGAGUCCAUACAGCGAACACGGAGCCCUUGAAGAGGUGGAUCAGGAUGGAGGGGCCGAAACACACACCAGUGAAGAUGAGGGAGAGCCCAUUGAAGCGAUCGCCAAGUUUGACUACGUGGGCCGCUCAGCACGCGAGCUGUCCUUUAAGAAGGGCGCGUCCCUUCUGCUGUACCAGCGGGCCUCGGAUGAUUGGUGGGAAGGCAGACAUAAUGGCAUCGACGGUCUGGUGCCCCAUCAGUACAUUGUAGUGCAGGACAUAGACGACACUUUCUCAGACACGCUGAGUCAGAAGGCAGACAGUGAGGCCAGCAGUGGACACGGAGCAGACGAGAAAUGCCCGGGUCGAGACGUGAGCUCCCCGACAGACGGCAGAGUGCCAGAGGCCUACAUCAGCAGACAUGGAAGAAGGAGUGACCCGCCCUCCCGUCGCCCCCCUGGUCGCCCUAGCGAUGGACAUUGUUUGGUGCACCCCUCGCAGGGUCACGGUCACAGCAACGUCUCGGACAUGGGCUCGCCGGUGAUGGGCCACUACAGCCCCCGAGAACUCCUGCGAGGGCGGGGCCACGUGCCCACGGACAGCCCAGAAUGCCGACGACGGACGGGCCACGGCAGCCUGACCAACAUCAGCCGUCACGAGUCCCUCAAGAAGAUGGAGAGCCCGCCCAUCAGGCGCUCCACGUCGUCGGGCCAGUACACGGGCUUCUCAGAACCCCACGGCAAAACUCUGGACCCGGAGACCAUCGCACAGGACAUCGAGGAGACGAUGAACACGGCUCUGAACGAGUUGCGAGAGCUGGAGAGGCAGAGUACGGCCAAGCACGCUCCUGACGUGGUCCUGGACACGCUGGAGCAGAUGAAGAACGCCCCGACGCCAGCCAGCUCCACCGAAUCCCUGAGCCCCCUGCACGGGGUCGUGCUGCGUCCCACCGGCGCCGAGCCGCACAUGCGUCGCAGCACCAGCUCCUCCGCCACCGACGCCAUGACCACCUUCAAGCCUGCGGUGGCACCGCGAAUGGGAGUCCAGCUAAAGCCUCCCGCCCUCAGGCCUAAGCCGAUGGUCAUGCCCAAGACCAACACCGCCCAGCCAGCCGCACCUCCGCCGCAAGAUCCGCUGGACAAGUCCUGCACCAUGUGA